CCGAGGCCUUUCUAUUUUUGCUUUACAGUGAGUUUACGUUAUAUUUAUGUCUUUUGUGUUACUUGAUAGAACUAUUAGUCUUUUAAGAAUAUGUCAAAAUUAAUCUAGCUAUUAAUAAUAUUAUUUAAAAAAUGUUGGUUUCAGUAUUUACCACUAUUGCCACCAUCCCAAAAUUUAAAAAAUAAUUAAACAAGCUGAUAGAGAACAUAAAGAUAAAUAGACAAAAAAAAUAAAAUUAAUAUUUUUAAAUUAGAAGAAAUUUUUAAGAAAAUAAGCAAUAUUUUUUUGGGAGCUUUUUUUCUGUCUGGAUCUAUUUUUAAACUCAAACAAAUUUGAAAAGGCUAAAACUAUGCAUAAAUUACAACUAGUUAGCAGCAUUUGCAGGCAUGCAAUUGUUUUAGAAUAUUUCUAUAAUUUUCAUAACUGUUAUGCCAGUAUUUGAUAAAUGAAAGUAAGAAAUGUUGAGCCUAUUUCGUUUUUUUAAAAAACUUUAGUGUUCAGAAGUGUGCAGUAUUUAAGUAUUUACUGCCUGGUUUUCUUGGCAUACCCAGUGUGCAGUAAAAGGGGUUGCAGCCCUGGAACCUGUUUUUGUUCAUAUUUAUUCCUCAAAUUAUAUAAUAGAUGUGCCGAUGUUAAUUAUUUUAUUUUUUUGUGGUGGGUUUUCAAUUUCGUGUGUCAUUAAAAGUCAUGGUACUCCACUUCUUUCAGAGAUUUUCUUGCAUUGUUUGUAAAUUAAAUCCUGAUAAUAAGUAUUAAUGCUACUGUAUUUACAGAAAUCUUACUGGUGUGGCUCCUCUAAAUCCUCUGAUGAAAUUUUUGAAGCCGAGAUCCCUGAAAACAAUCAAAUUGAGAAGGGCCCAACCAACCUAAAAACUGGAAUACAGAUAAAGAAUCUCAAAAAAGCGUUUGGAAGAAAAGUUGCUGUAGCUGGAACAUCACUUAAAAUGUAUGAGGGUCAAAUCACAGUGCUGCUUGGUCAUAAUGGCGCAGGAAAGACCACUACAAUGUCCAUGUUAACUGGUAGGAAAUCCUUUAGCAUUAUGUAA